AUGCAUCGGUUGGGGUUGGCUACGGAUGAAAAGAUUGCAGCCUCAAAACAGCAUGUUGUGGUUCUGGAUAGCCCUUCUAUAGCCAAACCUGGAUCGGUAAUGCAGAUUGAAGAUUCGUACAUCAUCCCCGAAUGGGCUAGGGCUAUAGUCGAGCACCUGGAGGAAGGAAGACUCUUGGUAGACAAGAAGGAAGCUCGAAAAAUUGGGAUACAGUCAGCCCGAUAUACCCUCAUUGGUGAAAUCAGGUACCGCCGAGGUUACACGUUGCCACUCCUGAAGUGUCUCCCAACAAUCGAAGCAAAAUAUAUAUUGAAGGUGAUUCAUGAAGGGGUAUGUGGUAGCCACUCUGGAGGAUGGAUGUUCGCUCACAAAGCUAUACAAGCCGGCUAUUAUUGGCCCUCGAUGAACCAAGACUCAAUGGAGAUGGUCAGAAGGUGCGAAAGAUGUCAGAGGUUCGUAAGGGUUCAAGCAAAUCGUCCAGCAGAACUCAGCUCGGUUUCGUCACCAUGUCCAUUUGCCUAA